UAUUUUUUUCAGAGUACAUUUCUUUGUAUCAACAAUUUAUUGGUUUUAUGUUUAUGAUUUAUUCUCGUGUUUUUAUUUGAAUGUACUUUUUAUAGUUACGGUGUUUAUUAAAUCAACUGAAUACUGAUUCAAUCAACUUGAGCUGUUUUUUGUUUCUACUAAAGUUUGGUUCUUACCGACUAAUUUCAAUUAAUAAUCAUGGCGAUGUACAAAGGAGCCGCUAGUGAGGCUGGAAGAGCAUUGCAAUUACAGAAAAAACGAGAAAAGGCCAAGGAGGAAUUGGAAAUGCGUAAAAAAAAGAUUGAAGAAGAAUUGAAGCUCUCAAGUAUUGAUAACAAAUUCGCUGCUCAUUAUGAUGCCAUCGAAGCUCAACUUAAAUCAUCAACCAUCGGUUUGGUUUCUCUCAAUGAGAUGAAAGCUAAACAGGAGGAUUUUGUUAAAGAAAGAGAAAGAAAAUUGGUUCAGAAAAAUGAGCAGAUGAAAUUGAAAGAAAUAGAAGAAAAGAAACAACAAAAAGAAAGGCAAAAGAAACAAAUACAAACUCUGUCAUUUAAAUUCGACGAAGAAGAGGAAGAAGAAGAUGAAGAAGGAGCCGGAGAGGAAAAAGACCGUGAAUCGGAUAGGAAAGAUGAACCAAUUUCCAAAUCUAAUGAUGAAACUUCUAGAAAGCCGGACACUAUUAUAAGUGAAGAUGAAUGUUCCAUAGAUAAAUCCAUCAGCAAAACAAAUUAUGACAGUCAAUCUGAAGAUUCGAGUAGUAAUUUAUCACAGCCUCGAAAAAAGAAAAAGAUUAUGAAAAAUCCUGAAGUUGAUACAAGUUUCCUUCCUGAUCGGGACAGAGAAGAAGAGGAAAAAAAGCUUCGUGAAGAGCUGAGACAAGAAUGGGUGAAGCAGCAAGAAAAAAUAAAGAAUGAGGAUAUUGAAAUUACAUUCAGUUUCUGGGAUGGAUCAGGGCAUAGACGAAGCGUAAAAAUGAAAAAAGGAAAUACAAUCUAUCAAUUUUUACAAAAAACUCUGGAAUUGCUUCGUAAAGAGUUCCACGAGCUUCGAGCUGUAGCUGCUGACCAACUAAUGUACGUGAAGGAAGAUUUAAUUAUACCACAUCAUUACACAUUCUACGAUUUCAUAGUAACAAAAGCGCGAGGAAAAUCUGGACCACUUUUUAAUUUUGAUGUUCAUGAAGAUAUCCGUUUACUUGCUGAUGCAACAGUAGAGAAAGACGAAUCUCACGCCGGUAAAGUGUUAAUGAGAAGUUGGUACGAAAGAAACAAGCAUAUAUUUCCAGCAUCAAGAUGGGAACCCUAUGAUCCAAGUAAAAAUUACGAGAAAUACACAAUUUCCGAUAAAAAGUGAUCAAUUAAAUCGUCGUAUUUUUUGCAUCAAGAUGACACUCUGGGAACAUAACGCAUCAUUCAAAGCAUCAUUUUUUGCCUUUUGUAUCAGAAAAUGUUUCGAUAUUUUGUUUCAAUCAUGGGAAAGCAAAGACGAUGAGCUUUCAACUUGUGACAACAUUCAAUGUGAAUUACAGUCAAAAUUCAAUUUAAAAUUGAAAUUAAUCAAAUAUAACCUAAAGCAAUUUUAUCAGUGAACAGAUAAAUUUGUUAUUGCAACUGUAUUUCAAAUAAUGCAAUUGUCUAUGUUGAAGAGUGAAAAUUGAUUCAUCCUGAAAUAAUCGUGGAGAAAGUGAGAGUGUAAUAUCAUGUUAAUUAACUAUCAUUUUUCCUCUUGUUCAUCACCAAGAAAACAGGUAAACAGAUUAACAUACGAAACGAAUGGAAAAUGAAGUUAACGCAUUAGAGACAAAACUAAUAAACUUAAGCGUAACCUAAAUUAGCUAAUACAUAAA